GUCUGAGAAUGAGGGAGUUAUAAGGUUAAGUAUGACCCGCAUGAUGGAUUGAUUCUGGUCGUUCUUGCCUGUUGAAUAUAUUAUAACGAAUUCUUUGUUGUGACUUCCUCGCACUCAACCAUCGGUUGCUCUUCCUUGACGGACUGGAUUAUUAGAGUGUCUUAAGAGUGUCCUAGAGUGUCUUAGAGUGUCUUUGAGAAUUGGGGCUUGAAGCGUCAUACAUUCUGUACAGGACAUCAUCUAUACUGUACAAACAGCUAUUCAAUAUCGAGGAGGGGUGUAUAGCUAUCCAUCAUCCUCGACGAACACUGGAACGGAGGCAAUUCCACGCAAGAAACUACAAAGAACGGCAUUCGGCUCAAGCCAAUCCCUCACAAACCGCAACGAGAAACACAUAUCAAUCCAGCUCAUCCAACCUCUCCAAAAAGGACCACAAACCACAUUUCAACCCACCCAAUUCCACACAACAAUGUCCUUCCGCAGCAACCCCCUCUCCGCCUCCCCCACCCGCGCCCUCACCCUCCAACAAUAUCUCCUCCUCCACUCCGAGCACGAAUCCCUCCGCCUCAGCCUAGCCGCCUACCCCAUCGACACCCUCUCCUCCUACCCCGCGACCACCUACCCGUCGACACCCUACUCCGUCGCCACGGCCGCAGCCUACGACGCCGACGCGAGAAAGCUGCACGAUGUGAACCAGCAGAUCAAGAGCGCCUUGACGGAGUUAUUGAAUUGUGAGAGCGUGAGGGGGGAUAGGUUGUAUCGCGCGUGGGUGCAGCGCAGGUUGAUGGAGGCGGAGAUGGAGUUGAAGGAGGGGAGGAGGAUGAGUGCGGGGGGUGGGAGGAGGAUGAGUGCGGGGGAUGGGGGGAGCAUGGAGGGGUUUGGGGAGGUGAGGGUUGAGGAGGCGAGGGCGUGA